UAACCGUAAAGGAACGCCAUCUAUCAGACUACUUUGAAUUUGGCUAAAAAUUUAUUUUUAUGGUUUCAGUGUUGUGAAAGCAACAACUACUGUUAUUGAUCAGCAGCGCCUUAGCCACGACACGUGUUGUUGUCCCUGCGCGACGCGGUGAGAAGCCCUGAGGAUGGACGCGAUGAAGAAGGGAUGGUUCAGCGAGAUCGGCGACCUGUGGCCAGGCAUGGUGCAGUCGCUGCAGGUGAACGAGGUUCUGCUGGACGAAAAGUCGAAACUGCAGAGCAUACAGGUCCUGGACACGAAACACCACGGGCGUGCACUGAUUCUUGACGGCGUAAUCCAGUGCACCGAGUUUGACGAAUUCUCUUACCAGGAGAUGAUCUCGUUCCUGCCCCUCUGCAGCCACCCUAAUCCGCGUAAGGUGCUUAUCAUUGGCGGAGGUGACGGAGGCGUCGCCAGGGAGGUGGUUAAGCACCCCGGCGUGCAGGAGGUGGUGCAGGUCGAGAUUGACCAAGGUGUGGUAGAUGCCUCGAAGAAGCAUUUGCCCAACAUGAGUUGCGGCUUCGACCAUCCCAAAAUGACCCUCCAUAUCGAAGACGGUUUUGCUUACAUGGGACAGCACCACCAGGAGUUUGACGUCAUCAUCACAGAUUCAUCCGACCCUGAGGGCCCUGCUGAGUCCCUAUUUGGAGAAAAGUAUUUUGAGCUGAUGAAGUCAGCCCUACGUCCUGGCGGAAUUGUCUGCUCUCAGGGCGAAACUGUGUGGACCUGCAUGCACCUGGUGCACAAGAUGGUGUCUGAUUGUAGCAGACACUUUCCUAGCACAGCGUACGCUUAUGCCAGCGUACCGACCUAUCCUACUGGGCAAAUUGGUUUUGUUCUUGGAAGCCUAGACCCGAAAAUCGACUUUAGAGACCCCAGCAAAGUGUUCACUAGCGAAGAAAUGGAAAAGAUGGACCUGAAAUAUUAUAAUGAAAAUGUACACCGCGCUGCCUUUGCUCUGCCAACCUUUGUCCAGAAAAAGCUAUCGCCGUUUUUAAAGAAAUGAUGAAAAGGUCUUUGAUAGAUCUGCUACGGGAUGCCUGAUAUUUUAAGAUAUCCUUAAUUCGUUUUAUGGGCCGAUUUUUCCAAUAUACAUGUUUGCAACAACACGAAAGGUAAUUUAUUGAGACUUGUUUUGUUUGUAAAUAAAUGCUAUAUUUUUGGUAAAAUGA